CUCCGCCCAUCGCACCAUGGCCCUGCAGCUUCGGCUCCGCACCGUCUCCGGCCUCCGCGGCAAAGCCGACCGGAUCGCCAAGGCGGCUUUCCGAGGGCUCUCCUUCUACACCCGAGUGCUUGAAAACUGUGAGGAUGAGGCCAGAUUUGAUGAGACCUUCCGCUGGCCCGUUGCCAGCAAUAUCGAUGGGAAUGAGAUCCUGGAGAUCCAGGUGUUCAACUACAGCAAAGUCUUCACCAACAGGCUCAUUGGCACUUUCCGGAUGGUCCUGCAGAAAGUGGUGGAGGAAGGGCAGCUAGAAGUGACAGACACACUCAUAGAUGACAAUAAUUCAGCCAUUCAGACCAGCAUCUCCAUAGAGGUCAGGUACCAGGCCAUGGACGGCACGGUGGGUGCGUGGAACGACAAAGAAUUCCUGGAGAUCCCGAGCCUCCAGUCAGAGGGGGACAGCAGGUAUCCGUUAGAGACAGACAGCCUCCUCUCCAGCCACAGGCAGGGCUCGGCCAUGUCUCCGAGCAAAUCCAACCAGCAGUCUGCAGAGAGGAGCUUCAGGAGGAUGGAAGAGGACGAGAUGUAUUACCACAGUGAAGAUGAGCUUCUGGGAGAGGGGGACACUCUUAGCCAGGGAUCCCUCAACAUGAG